UGUCAUUUUUAUAAAACACUGAUGAAGUUUGAAUUUUCAAAUAACGUACGUUACAGUUAAUGUUGAAUAAUGCAUAAACCUAUAUAUGAUAUUUUGAGAAAUAAAAAGUGAUUAAUAGUAUAUAACGUGCAUUAUUUAAGUAUUGUUAAUAAAUCUUUUGGGCACAAAAUGGAUAAAUCUAAAUUACCAAAACCAUCUAAACUCAGACAGCCUCUUCCAGUUCCCCUGAUAGAUCUUAAACAAUAUUCUAGACUAAAUUUAGCUAAGUCUGCUGUACCCAAAGAAAGACCUCAAUUUUCCCAAGCGAAAUUGCCUCGCAGGUCAAAAUCAAUGACAAAUUUAAAACUGAAUAUGCCUCUUCCAUCGACUUCUACGCUAAAACCUGGAGUAAAAAGACCUGCAACUACAAAAGCCGACAAUGAAGUAAAAUCCAAGGUAGUUAGACAACAGAAAGUUCCGGAUUGGGAUUACAAAACCCGGUUCCAGCUUUUAAGUGAUAAACAUAAAACUUUACAGGAAGUUCAUUCAAAACUGAAGGCAGACUGUGCUGAUUCUGAAAAAAUGAGAGAAAAUUUUGAAUCGACAAUAUCUGAAUAUCUUCAAAGAAUAUCAGAACUUGAACAAGAAACAGAAAAAUUGAAAAAUAGUAAUAAUGAACUUAAUGCAAAUAACAUUGAGUUAUUGAAAGAGCUUGAUGCAAAUAAAAUUAAAUUCUUGGAAGAGCUUGAAUCAAAUAAAAUGAAAUUAACAGAAGAAAUAAGAAAGUUAACAGAACAAAAUAGAUUGUUGCAAGUUUCUCUAGAUGAGAAAAAAAUUGAAUAUGAUGAGUUGCAGCAAUUAGCAAUAAAAAUGAGAAACGAUCACUUAAUAAAUGAAAAAUUUAGACGGAGACUUCAUAAUACCAUUCAAGACUUGAAAGGCAAUAUUCGAGUAUUCUGUAGAGUCAGACCGCCUAUAAAUGAAUUAGAAAAUGAGAAAAUAAAAUGUUGGAUAAAUUAUCCUGAUGAAAAUACACUAGAAAUUAAAAACACCAAAGAAUAUAUUAAUCCAGUUGUUGGAAAAGUAACAGACACCAAGAUGGAAUUUACUUUUGAUCAAGUUUUUAAUGAAAAUGCUACUCAAAGUCAAUUUUUUGAAGAAUUGUCACAGUUGGUGCAAUCUGCUAUUGAUGGAUACAAUGUAUGUGUUUUUGCUUAUGGUCAAACAGGAUCUGGAAAAACAUUUACUAUGCAAGGUGCUAGUGACCCAGAGAAUCUUGGUAUGAUUCCUAGAAGUGUAAAUUUAAUAUUUGAUACAAUUGAAAACCUGAAACAGUAUAACUGGAAAUAUGAAGUGAGGGUAAGUUUUUUGGAAAUAUACAAUGAAAAUAUUCGAGAUUUAUUAGACCCAGACACAAAUCAAAAUUUGGAUAUCCUUUAUAAUGAAGGAAGGGGAACUACAGUUACCAACUUGAAAAUUGAACCAAUAUCAACUUAUGAAGAUUUUGAGUACUACAUGAAAUUAGCCCAAAAACAUCGGAUGGUGGCAGCAACGGAUUUUAAUGAACAUAGUUCUAGAUCACAUGCUAUUACAAAAAUAUAUUUGUCAGGUAAAGAUGAAGACUGCAAUACGCAUUAUACAGGUUCAAUCAAUUUAGUAGAUUUGGCUGGAUCUGAAUCAGGUAAAACAAGUAAAGGGGCAAGAUUGGUGGAAACAAAAAGUAUUAACAAAAGCUUAUCAGCAUUAGGUAGUGUUAUGCUAGCUUUGCACAAUAAAGAUAAGCACAUCCCUUACAGAAACUCCAAGCUAACAUAUCUAUUACAAUCUUCCUUGGGAGGUAAUUCCAAAACUCUGAUGAUAGUUAAUAUCUCUCCUUUUGAGGAAACAUACAGUGAAAGUAUUAAUUCUCUUCGAUUUGCUUCUAAAGUUAAAGAAGUUAAAACUAAAAUUAAAAAAAAUAAAACUAAUAUUAAUGAAGUAACUGUUUGAUUUUUAUUAAAUUUGAUGUUGACCAUUAUUGUUAAAUUGUUCCUUAUAAUCUACCUUCUACUGUAUUAUAUUCAUGAUUCAGUUGAAACAGUUGGAGCUUGAUCGCCUGAGUUUUUUAUAUACUGUAAUUAUAACUAUUAUUAAUAAACGCGAUACUUCAAGUUAUAAUGUUUCUAACAUUUUUUCAAUAAAUUGUAAUAUUUUGUCAAAUCGCCAUUCUUUUAUUUCUUCCACUGUCCCAUUGCCUUUAAGGAAAAAUUCUGAGAACAUGUUAACCAUUUAAAUGCAUUGAUAUUAAGAAAUUGAAUAGGAAACCUACUAGCACAAUAUGUACUAUUCAUAAAAAAAUCAUUUUUGAAAAGAAAAAUUAUUAAAACUUUUAUUACCUUGUGCUCUAUUAUUUUUUUUUAAUUAACCUCCAAAAAUUUUCCAAAUUAUGAUUUAAAAGCUUCCUCUGUGAUGUCGCUGUUUUGUGGUAUCAUAAUCUUUUCACACAUUGCAUCAAUGGAAUAUCUGAAAUUGAUUUUUUGGGAUAAUAUAUUUACUAGAAUUGUUGUAGUCUUGAUAGUGUUACAACAAACUUCUGUUUCUCCUUUUCUUAUUCCAUAAUAAGAAAGUUCUCUUUGUUUUUUAUUUUAUAAAUUCAAAUAGCCAUGAAAGGUUUUUCUAAAUGUAAAUGUAAAAAUGGGACACACUGUAAACUUUUAGAAACAAAUUAUUGCUGUUAGAUUGCUUUGUGUAAGCUGUGUAAAAAGGAAAGUUUUCAUCACCUAAUUUGUAUUAUUUAAGAAUGUUAAUACAUUCAAUAAUAAUUUCUGAAUCAUAUUGGAGAUGUUUAUAUUUUUUGUCAAAAUGUGAAUGUAUACAGUUUAUUUAGGAGAAAGUGGUUACCCUUCGUACACUUUUUAGAUUUUAUUUUUUUUUACUAUGUGAUUAAUUAUUGAAUUUAUCUAGUUUAUGCGCUUGAGUGUAACAAUAUAUUGUAGUUUGUUACAAACCCCAAAAAAAUUAAAUAAAGAUGGCUAUGUCAUAAUUGUGCCCUUUUGGUAAAUGAAUAAAGUGUAUUCAUUGUUAAA